CCUCGUGAACCGUAGAAAAGAUAACAAGGGGCAGAAUGACUUUUCUGUAAACCCAAAAAUGCAGGUUUACGGUAAUGUACCGUAUAUGCAUUCGCUUUUAAGAUGUCAAAUUACGCUCGCACACAAACACCAUCUUUCUCACCAACACACAUACAGGAAGUGGUUGAGCUCGUCUGUCUGUUUCCUUAUAAACUCAUUUGCACCGGAGACACCAAACAGAGAACCGCCGUUAUUAGCUGGAUCCAAUGCCGACAGUGAGUGCUGAUCAAACGGUGGAAGGGCCCAAUCCGGAAGGCCUCAACAGGAGCCACCUCCUUGAGGAGUUUGCCCAAAAUAUGUCCGAGAACAUAAUCCAGUCAUUUAAAAGCCAAAUAGAGACGCUGAGACCUGAGGUGGAGUGCCAGGCGUCCAGAUUUAAUCAGAACCAGGAGAUGUUAGCCGAAGAGUUAGCCUCCGCAGUCAUUGAGGUCGCUCUGAGGGAAGUGUUUAGCAGUCCAAACGUAGCGGAUCAUCUGGAGGGUUCAGCUUGGGGGAAGAUGGAUGGUGGAGCGGCAAAAGAGAGGCCCUUCAUGGACAAAUCCGACAGCGAAAGAUCCACAGAGAUGAAUCCAGGCAAAGAAAUCCAGACCUCCAAAGACACCCAGCACUCUCACCCAUCUCUGUCCCACCCGGGGCUCCCCGCCGGGGGAUCCCUCGACUACCCCGACGCCCCUCCGCCCACGCCUCUCCUCCCCGAACUCGAGAGGAGCAGACGCAGUUUCUCCAGGAAGCUGAAAGGAGGCCUGGCGAAGGUUUACCUGCUUUCAACCCCUCCGCCGACCCCAAAGGACGAAGAGGACUGGGCCACCAGCCACCCCCAGGUGGAGUCAAUGGAGCAUCUGACGCACUCGCUCUCCACGGAAGGUUCGGCAAUGGACUAUUUUGAAGAAGGUUCUCGCCGCGGAGCCGAGAUGGCGGCUUUUGCGGAGGCUUUUUCAUGCAACAUCGUUGACUCGGUCUUGAGUGAUAAAAACGGAGAGCAGAUAGCCGAGGAUAGCCAUCUUCAUCUACUGGCCCACCAACUGGCCGGAACCAUCAUCACCUCCUCCCUCGACGAAGCUAAAACGCUCGUCGAUUUAACUUCUCAAUAAAGUCUGGUGAAAUCUCA